AUGUCUGACGCCGGUGAAAGCCACCACAAACGAUCCAAGAGCACGGCCCUGUCCAUUCUCCGACGCAAAGACCGCAGCUUUACGGCCCUCGACGAAGAAGCCUCCGAAGAUGGAUCGACACCGGGCGUGAUGCUGUCGACCUCGGCCACCUCACAGACGGCAGGUCCAUCAAUGGCUUACCAGCAGCAGCCACUGCAGCAGCCGAUGCCGACGGCCCGGGGCCAUCUCUCGCGCAAGUCGACGUCGUACAUCACGUCAUCAUCGAAGCUACAGGGCACCACGGCCACUAUAUUGUCGUCGUCGGCUUUGUCGUCGUCGCCAGUCGCCGCGUCUCCUUUCUCGGCAGCAGCUGCUGGGGGCAACGGUAGCAGCAACGCGCACGAAAGGGCCCACCUCAACACACUGGAGCAGUCGGUGCGCAAGUUCCGUAUGGUGGAGGCGCUGCGCAACGGCGACACGGCGUCGAUCUCCAAGGCGAUCCGCGAGACGAGCGGCGACAGCAAUACAAACCCGCGGGCGAGCGUGUCGUCGGUGACGGUCGGGCUCGACGACACGACGAUCCUGCACUUGGCGAUCCAGUGCGCCGAGUUUCCGGUGGUGGAGUACGUGUUGUCGGACGGGGCGUCAGCGAUAGACAUCAACGCCCGGGACAAGGACGGCAACACGGCGUUGCACCUGGCAGCAGCACAGGGCCGGACGCAUGUGGUGCGGCUACUGCUGGCGCAGAACGGCAUCAACGAUGCGGUGAUCAACAACAUGGGCCGCGUGCCGCUGGACCUGGCACGCAACCCGGAGAUCUUCCAGCUGUUGCAGCUGUCGCGGUCGCUGUUCGCUGAGAGCAAGGUGCAGGAGGUGCAGGACCUGAUUGCACGCAACGAGUACAAACGGCUGGCCGAGGUGCUGGAGGAGCCACGGCUCAAGACGGUGCUGGACAUUAACAGCACCGAGUUUGCCAUGAACCCGAUGACCAUGCAGGCAGGCGGCACGCUGCUGCACGACGCGGCACGUGCCAAGAACUCGCAGCUGAUCCAGGUGCUGCUGCUGCACGGGGCGGACCCAUUCCGGCGCGACCGCAAGGGGCGGCUGCCGCAGGACGUAACCAAGGACGACGUGACGCGGGCGAUGUUGAAAAAGUCGCCGGCGGCCGUGGCAGCCCAGCGCGGCAUCCAGGAGAAGGCGGUGCUGGGUGCAGCGGCACAGGGCGGCGGUCUGGGCUACGGCAGCGGGUCGAGUGCAGCGCUGGGCGUGAAUAAUGGCGGCAGCGGUGGCAGCCCGUCAUCCAGCGGUGGUGGUGGCGCGGCGAGCGGUGUCGGCAGUCUCGGAGGCGGAAUCGGCAGUGGCGGUGGGAGCGGGCACUCGGCGAGCGGCAGCACGGCCUCGGGAAUGGGCAUUGGAGGCAUCGGAGCGGGCAUGGGAGCGGGUCUGGGCAGCAGUGGCAGCGGCAGCGGCAGCGGCAGCGGGAUGGGCAACAGCGGUGCAGUGAUCGCGGCGAUGAUGAUGGAUCCGCUGGCAGGACGCGAGGCGCGGGAGAUGAAGGGAUACCUCAAGAAGUGGACCAACUACCGCAAGGGAUACCAGCUGCGGUGGUUCGUGCUGGAGGACGGGGUGCUCAGCUACUACAAGCACCAGGACGACGCAGGGUCGGCGUGCCGGGGCGCGAUCAACAUGCGGAUUGCGCGGCUGCACAUGAGCGUGGACGAGAAGACCAAGUUUGAGAUCAUAGGCAAGUCGUCGGUCAAGUACACGCUGAAGGCGAAUCACGAGGUGGAGGCAAAGCGCUGGUUCUGGGCGCUCAACAACUCGAUCCAGUGGACCAAGGACCAGGCCAAGGAAGAGGAGAAGCGACGGGCGCUCAGCGCGGAGCGGCUGCGGCAGGCCAAGGCGGAACACUCGCACUCGCAGUCACUGCAGGCGGGCACGGGCAACGGCGGUGGCGAGGCGCUGAGCGAGAGCGCGAGCGUGGGGGAGAGCGCGAUGGGCGGUGGGAUCAGUGCGCGGCCGAGCAGCGUGCAGCUGACGCGGAUCACGUCGACGGCAGGACGGUCGACAGCGACGGGCCGACUGCCUGCGACAGGUGGCGGCGCAGGAGCGAGCACGGUGGGCAGCGUGGACGACGAAGCAGGCGGUGGGAUGGGGAUGGCCGGAACCGAGAUGGACGGCGAGUCUCGCGGACCGGGACAUCGGGGGGACAACGACGAAGACGAAGACGAAGAUGCGGACGGGUCAACGGGCCAAGACCGAGAGGUGCCGACGGCAACACGGGACGCAUUCACGAUCACGGCACAGUCAGCACGGCUGCAGCUGGAGACGAUGGCACAGGUGACGCAAGCGCUGGUGGCAGAAGCCGGACGCAACACGACGCUGACGCUGGCGGACGGACGGAUGACGGCAGCGCUGUCAGCAUACGACGCGGCGAUCCGGUCGCUGACGGGGCUGGUGGGCGACCUGAUGCGAAUCUCACGGGACCGGGACGCGUUCUGGCAGUACCGGUUGGACCGCGAGGUGGAGAUGCGGCGGAUGUGGGAAGAGAGCAUGGCGCAGGUGGCGCGAGAGCAAGAGGCGCUGGAGGCGCGGGUGGGCGAGGCGGAGGAGAAGAAGCGGACGGCGCGACGUAUCCUCAAAGAGACACAGACACAGACGGCGACCAGCAGCACAGCAGCGAUCAGCCAGUCACAGCGGCGGGCGGUGCUCAAGCAGCAGGUGGCAGCAGCAGGCCUGUCGGACUCGGAAUCGGAGGACGAGGAAUUCUUUGACGCGGUGGACGCAGGCGAAGUGGAGGUGGAGACGAAGCUGCCAUCGGAGACGGUGGUCGAGACGGGCGGCAAAGAGACGCAGACGGGUUCGGACAGCAAGACAGAACAGACGGACGGGACUUUACAGUCGACAGCGGCAUCGAUUGUGGUGUCGUCGGGAACAGACAUCAGCCAGUCCUUUAAGGGGUACGAGAACGGGAUCCGGACGCGGCUGAAGAUCGAUGCGGACAACCGGCCGAAGCUGUCGCUCUGGAGCAUUCUCAAGUCGAUGGUGGGCAAGGACAUGACCAAGAUGACACUGCCGGUGACAUUCAACGAGCCGACAUCGCUGCUAUACCGCUGCGGUGAGGACAUGGAGUACGCCGACCUCCUGGACUUGGCGGCCGAGCGAACAGAUUCGCUGGAGCGGCUGAUGUACGUGGCGGCGUUUGCGGCCAGCGAGUACGCGUCGACGAUCGGACGGGUGGCCAAGCCGUUCAACCCGCUCCUGGGCGAGACGUUUGAGUACGUGCGGCCGGACAAGAACUACCGGUUCUUCAUCGAGCAGGUUAGCCAUCACCCGCCAGUGGGUGCAGCCUGGGCUGAGUCGCCGCGGUGGACAUACUACGGCGAGUCGGCAGUGCGAUCCAAGUUCUACGGCAAGUCGUUUGACAUCAACCCGCUGGGGACGUGGUUUCUGCGGCUGCGGCCGACCCACGGCGGACGCGAAGACUUUUACACGUGGAAGAAGGUGACGUCGUCGGUGGUGGGCAUCAUCACGGGCAAUCCGACAGUCGACAACUACGGGCCGAUGGAAAUCCGAAACUGGACGACGGGCGAGGUGGCCCACGUGGAAUUUAAGCCGCGCGGCUGGACGGCAGCCUCGGCCUUUGUGGUGUCGGGCAAGGUGGUGGAUGCGAGCGGUCGCGUGCGCAUGUCGCUGGGCGGUCGAUGGAAUUCGCGGCUGUACGCACGACUGACGCCGGGCUACCAGACGACGGUGGGCGAGAAUCCGUCAGCGGCGGCCAGCGGCAGCAGUGGCACCAACGGCACCAGCAUUGUGUCAGCGCCGGCCGGCAAGGUGUACGACGGCAGCAUUGCGGACCAGAGCAAGGCGUACCUGAUCUGGCAGGCCAACGAACGGCCGACCGGCAUUCCGUUCAACCUGACGCCGUUUGUGCUGACGUUCAACCACGUGGACGAGCAGCUGCGGCCGUAUCUGGCACCGACAGACUCGCGGCUGCGGCCGGACCAGCGCGCCAUGGAGGAGGGCCGCUACGACUUUGCGGCCACGGAGAAGAACCGGCUCGAGGAGGGCCAGCGGGCGCGGCGCCAGAAGCGUGAAGCUCGCGGCGAGGAGUUUGUGCCGGUCUACUUUGAGAAGGCCACGUGCGAGAUCACGGGCGAGGCGUACUGGAAGUUCAACGGCCAGUACUGGGAGGACCGUGAGCGGGCCGGCCAGGGCGAUAUCAGUGUGUGGGACAAGAUGGAGCCGAUAUUUGCGUGA